CCGCAGUCUCAGUGCUUCUGACCGCGAAAACGUGAAGGCUGACAUAUUGCUGCUACUAUGGUCAACAUUAGCAGAAUGAAUGGACUUCAUGUGCCUGAUCUUGUGCUUUUACACUACACUGACAGUUGGAAUUAACAGCAGGGAAGAAAAUGUUAAAGGUUCAUAGGCAAGGGAAGCGUGACUGGCUGCCAGUAACUGGCAGUAACCGUGAUUUAAAAGUCAAAUAAGCAUGUAGCUCCUGAAUGAGCAGAAGCACUCCUGAAGAGCAGUUGUUUAUCUGAAAAUUAUUCAAAUGGCAUUAUGGAGUUUCUCAUUGAAUGUCAUGAUGGUUUCCAGAACUAGUUUUUUUGCUCUGAACACAAAAAGGGGGAGAGAAACUACAUUGCCAAAUCUAAAAGUGCAAUCUGGAGUCUGAAUGAAUGCAAGGUUUUUUUUUUUUUUAUUCCUUAUGCCUAAUGAGUGGCCAAAAGCAGAGCCUCGCUUGCAUCAGUUUGUUCCCCAUGUUGUCAGUAAUAUCCUCAGUGAUUCCUACUCUUGUGUGUGGCAAUUUUUUGACCAGCUGUAAGUCAUAUGAGUGGGCUGGUACUCAAGCUAAGGGGAAAUAUAUUGUCCAUCUUUGUGUUGGCUCUUCUCAGCUUGUGGCAGUAAAAAUGCAAAGGUUAGAAACUGACACAGAAUAAUGCAGAAAUGAGGAAGAGGAGAUUUUCUUCACAGUUAAGUUUCUUAAUGAUACCUUUCAGGAUUUUGGAAAUCUUCAAAAGCUCUUCUAUCACCAUAACCUAUUUUGAACAGCUGCAAAUUAAAAUAUACAAAUUUGUCUGAUUUGGUACAUUGUCACACCCAGCAACUGAAGGCAAGACUGGAUAGAAUCUCUGGGUUGUACACACGUGCAUGUGUUUACACUGCUCAGCUUUCUCCCAUACAGGCUGUGCUGUGACAUGUGCAGGGGGAAUAGCGGGCAGAUAUUAUCGCUGCUGACCCAGUAGACAAGCACAAGAAUAGCUAUCAUGACUGCAGGAAGAAGCAGGGUUUGCUAGCAGGGUAAUGGCAUAGUGAUAUCUUGCUUUGAUCAAAAAGGCACUAGACAUCCCCUGGCCCUAGGAGCACUGAGUGCCAAAAGCUGUCAGACACGGAGUGUCUGUGCCAUCUGGGACAUGGGUUCUAGGAAAGGGGACACUGGGCUGGUGUAAGCUGCUACUGUGGUGUUGCUGAAGUCCUGAGGCAGGUACAGCUUACACCAUCUGGUGAUCUGCCUGAGUUCAUUAUGGUAGAGGGAUGUCUAGGAUUUCAUUCUCUACGGUGCUUUGACCAUACCCGUCUCCUUUUCCCCUUAAGAGUCAGUCAAAACAAAGCCCAUUUUAAAAGAAAUGAAUGUAGAAAAUGUGAAACGUAAGGAUCUUUUACAGAGUGUCUUUUACAGUGCUGGGGACAUAAAACAGAGCAGUGGAAGAUAAGCCGUUAUGUAUGUUGAGGAAGUCUAAGAAUAAAGAUUAUAGGCAAACAGUCUACCUUUCUUUACAAGGCCUUGAUUUACAUCCCUGAAAUCUCAAAUUUAGCUAUUACAAUGAAGUCCUGUUGCGCACAGAGCUGACUUUUUAUCACCACUUAAAAUCUAAUUAAUCCGUAUCGAAGCACAAAGAUUUCUGUUGUAUUUUAGGGUGAGGGGUCAUAGAGCCUUCUUUGUUCAUCCUCAGGCUUGUAAUCAUCAGGCAUUGGGAUAUAAUUUUACCAAGCAAAUUGGAAGGUAGCAGAUCAAAUCCUUAUCGGAAAGACUAACUCAUGGUUUAGUGAAGUCCUCCGUCCUUUAUGUGAAACAUUAUAUUCGUGAAGAACAAAAAAGUGUUUGAGAGCUUACAAAGGGUUAAUAGCAAGGGCUUAUAUUUGGGGCAGCAGAGAACUAAAAUCAUCAUAGCUUCUACCACCACUCGAGACAGCAGUUGUUACAGAACUGCUGGGGCGACCUUCUUCCGCAAGCUUUUAGGACUACUCUUACAAUGGCCUUGGUUUAUCGACCAGUGGCGCAAUUAAGUGGCAUGUUAUUAUCUCUGUUGGGAUGGGUCCUAUCCUGUCUCACUACCUAUUUACCUCAGUGGAAAAAUCUUAACUUGGAACUGAACGAACUGGAGAUCUGGACCAUGGGACUCUGGCAAGCUUGUGUUGUUCAGGAAGAAGGGGGAAUGCAAUGCAAGGACUUUGAUUCUUUCUUAGCUUUGCCUCCAGAACUCAGGAUUUCUAGGAUUUUGAUGUUUUUUUCCAAUGGACUGGGGCUUUUGGGCCUCCUGUUCUCAGGAUUUGGGUUGGACUGUUUGAAAAUUGGUGAAAGACAACAGGAUCACAAGAAACGGCUGUUGCUGUUUGGAGGAAUGCUCUUCUGGAUGUCGGGGAUUACAGCUAUUGUCCCGGUUUCUUGGGUUGCCCACUCCACAGUCCAGGAAUUUUGGGAUGAGAAUAUACCAGACAUUGUUCCCAGGUGGGAUUUGGGGGAAGCGUUAUUUGUUGGCUGGCUCGCUGGAUUUUGUCUUAUACUAGGAGGAUCCCUACUUAAUUGCACAACCUGCUCAACUGAACUCCAUCCAUCUUCGGUCCAUUACGCAGUAACAGAACAGCAAGAUCAGUGUCAACACUUGGAAACUGAAACUAGGCCUUAAAACCAAAGGUUUUAAGUAGGACAGAAAGACUGCCCUAUCUUUUCCAAACUCCAGUGCAAGCCAGCAGCUUGUUCCACUAGUAAUUCAAAGGAUUCUUUGUUACUUAGCUGAUUUCCUAAACUUAUGUUUUCUCCAUAACUGGUACCUGAAAAAUGGUGUAUUUUCUCACCUGCAGAACUAUUUAAAAUGUUUCACAGGAGAAUUUUAUUUUUCAUAGACUAUGUAGAAAAGGUGUUUUUGUUUUCUCAACUGCACAGUAAAAUUCUGAAAAUGAAUAUGCAUGUUCCAUGGCAUUUUGGCUUUUAACCAAAAUAAGCUUCCUUUUUGUAUGAAACCAAUUAACUGAGCCUCAAAGCUUGAUUCCCUGUUGCAAUUUUCCACUUUCCUAAUGCAGUGACAUAGGAACUUUUUUCCACGUCCUUAAUGCAUGCACUGCCUCAGAUUGUUUUUUGUGGACAAGCAAACUGUGCUAAGCACCCUGCAGAUUUCUGAAAUGCUACCAUGAUUUGCAGAUGUCUUUUUGUGCAUGGGAUAUUAUGAUGUGGUGCUUUGUACCCAAGAAGUUGUACUUUGCGAUCUCAACCUAGCACAUAAAACUGCUCAUGCAAGUUAUUCUGAGCAUUUUGGCAUCUGCAAACUUGCACCAAAAAUGGGCUGAGAGACAAAAAAUACUUAUUCUAUCUUGUUCUGAUGCAGGUACUGAGGUUUUAUGCAUCCUAUCAAAGGCUUCUUAGGCUCCAUUCACCUAUAGCAACACAUUCUCAACACAGAACCUUUUGGUAGAUAAUACUUAACUGGCCACAAUAAGGACAGUCUAUUUAAGUAGGAAUGCAUUGAUGUGAUAUUAAAGUACUCUGUAUUUGUGGUUCUUAUUCUAGUAGGAAACUAAGAGAUGCCAAAAUUCGCAGAAAUGUUUCAGUGCUCUAGCAGACAGAUGAAAAGCAAAGUAUAUAACUAAAAACCAAAUAUUAACCAACUCAACUAAUGAAAGGUGAGCCCAGCUGUGGUCACACCCUUCAAUUAGUGGUUUACCACGCUAUUUCCUUAUCCCCUAAAUGCUGCACAUGGAACCAGGUAACAUUAAGCUGGAGGGGGAGGAGUAUUUCAUGCUUUAUAAAGCUUUGUUUUAACAUCUGCCAGUGUUCAGUAUGUGCAGAGUAUUGUCUUCAAAAACAAUCAGUUCAGUGCUACUUUGACUGAUAAAAAUGGACUUGGUCCACAGACACAGGCUGCAGUUACUUGGAUUGCUGCUGUCUGUAAUAGGAUGGAUUUUAACUGGUACCUGUAACUAUUUACCAGACUGGAAAAACCUCGGCUUAGACUUAAAUGAACUGGAGCUUUGGACUAUGGGACUCUGGCAAACCUGUGUAGUCCAAGAUGUAGGAGGAACACAGUGUAAAGACUUUGAUUCUUUCCUAGCUUUGCCCAUAGAAUUCAGGAUUUCCAGGAUUUUAGUAUCUACGUCAAACGGACUAGGACUUCUGAGCCUCGUCAUCUCUAGCCUUGGUUUGGACUGCCUAAAGACAGAGAAUACAGAGCAGAAGCUAAAGAAACAGCUGUUACUACUUGGAGGAAUACUCAUGUGGAUAUCUGGAGUUCUGGUCUUAGUUCCUGUUUCCUGGGUUGCCUAUACGAUAAUCCAGGAAUUUUGGGAUGAAGUGAUCCCAGAGAUCGUGCCCAGAUGGGAAAUAGGGGAUGCACUGUUCAGUGGUUGGUUUGGUGGUUUUUUUAUAAUUCUAGGAGGCUCUCUACUCCUCUUGACAAUGUUCUUCUCAUCUGACCAUCAAUUACCAGAACAGUAUACAAUGGCAGAUAUGCAAGACAACCGUCAACAGGUGGAGGUUGGAAACAGAAGACUUUAAAAAGGGUACAUACUAGAUUUUUGGUUUUCUUACUCUUGCAUUACAGUAAGAAAAUGCUGAUGAACAGACUGGCUAUGUUUACAAGACUGGGGGAGGGAUUAUUACAGUAUGGUUCCUUUCAUUUCUACUUACUUUCAAUUUUAAUUAGAUUGUUAUAGCUCAUCAAUUAAUAUAAGUCACCAUUGUUUUUCUUCAAAA